AUGGCUGCUACAUGGGCAGUGAAAGUAGGCUAUGGGUGCAAUUCAUCGACGGGGAACUGGGAUGCGUGGGGGCGUGUUGCUUUAAUUGAGAUCAGCCGUUUCUGUCCAUUUCUGUCAACAAACGUGCCAUUAAAAGUGGAAUCCAGUGAUGUCGAUGAUUCAUUUCAAGAAACCCUCAGGUUUCUUUCUUGCAGGCAGUUGAAUAUGAGCGUUGCGAAUGAAAAUGGAUUUACAAAGGAGGCUGCCAGUCAGAGCGUUUCACAAGGAGUCGAUAUAGGCAGUGAAAGCAAGCCAGCUAUUAUUAUAAUUGGUGACCAUGACAAAACCAUUGUUAAUUAUCUCUUAGCCACCAGUCAAAAUAGCGAAGGGAACGAGGUGUUUUUCGAUAAUCGCUAUUACACGGCAUCGGCCAAGCUUUAUAUAUUCCCUAAUAUCAAGAGCGCAAAAUUUCCGAAUUUUGCGAAGAACGAUGUACAAGCGAUUAUUUACAGAAAUCCUGAAACACUUGAAGAAAUUCUUGAAAGGCGAAAUACCUGGCAGAUUGAUUUGGAGAUGGUCGUUAUUAAUACUUUGGAAACAAAUGAAUUUUCGCUUAAUGAAUCUUUGACUGAAUUGAAGAAUUUUUGUUUACAAAAUGGAAUCAUUGCAAAUGAACUGUAUCCAAAUAAGGAAUCGUUAGAAUAUUAUGAAGAAUGUUGUGAGAACUUUGGCUUGAAAAAAAUCUAUGAGGAUUUGAUGACAGUUCGGUGGGCGAAUUUAAAUUUAAAAUCUACAAGUUUGUCGAAUGGUCUAGAAGAAGAUAGUUUGGGCAGUGUGAAAUUUGAAGAAAAUUUUGAACUUAUAUGCCGAUUAUUAAAUGGCGAAAGAAAUUAA